AUGUGCCUUUACAAAAAUGGUCACCCUGGUACAGCCACCGGCACGAUUACGUGUCACACGGUGACACCUGUCUACCACCUGUCUCGACUGAGAUUCAAGCUGAAGAUUCAACAAGCCCGCCAAGCUAGCCCGGGUGCUGGCAGGAGCCUUGUGGCGCGGAGCAGUUCUCAAGAGGCCCGGGCACCGGCAGCUUCACUGCCCAGGUGGGAGGCCUAA